CAAAGCGAGCCGAGCCGGUUGAAGUAGGCUCGUUGGCUGAGCGAGCCGAGCCGAGCCGCUCUAGAGCGAGCCAAAGCCAGGCUCGGCUCGCCUCGUGUCCAGCCCUAACUGGAGCUGCCCACGGCUGUUUUUUUUUUGUUUUGAUGAAAAGAAAUCACACAACUAGUAUGGACGAAGGCGGGUGUUUAUUCAAAAAUAAGGGCCGAGUUAGAUUAGGUGUAGGGUGUGUUUCUUCAAAAAUGAGAGCCGAGUACCAUCAGGCGUCAGCACAGUUACUAAGCUCCCAAGAAUUACCAGCCUGUGAUGCAUCGAUGCUUUUAGGCGGCGUGUGGACCACGAUGGCCAGUGUUACAAAGCGAGAUGGAUCCUCCAGUCAAAGCGAGAUUACCAAGGUCACGCGUGGUCCACGCGGCACGCGGCCUCGUGUUUCAUUCUCCCUCACCCGAUUCCUGGUGGUCAGCCGCCGCCUGCCGGUAGCCACGAUUAUGAUCUUCCUCAGGCCACCAACCAUGACCUCGGAGACCACGGCGUUGCCGCUUAAUGCAGCGGCGGCGGCGAACAAUAGCCGAUGCGCAGGGCGCCUCACCUCGGCGCACCGCGGCUCUACUGCUUCUUGGCGACGGCGGUCCAUGGCGGUGUGGACUCGCGGUGUGCUCCUCGACCUCGGGGCGGCUCCCCACGGCAGGGUGGCGGUGCCCCUCGGCCAGAACAAGCAGGAGCUCCGAGAGGCGGGCUCGACCCAACGUUCAGUGUCCAGAUCCGUGACCCGCCUGCCGCCAUGGAGGUUGGUCCACCCCGAGUUCCUCGCCUGUGCAGUAGAUCUUCUUCCCGAGCUCCAAAGCCAGCGCCUCCUGCAUCCUCCUGAGAUCCAGUGCCGCUGCCUCCAACCACUGGCGCCACCAGGAAGAAGCUAAGUCUGUUGGGCAGCUCCGGAACAGAAGAUACGUAAAUUUCUUGGUUGUUUUUUGUGAAUACGCAAAGCUUGCGUUUCUUUUCAUUGAUAGAAGAGGAUAGAUGAAGUACAAGGUAGGGUACAACACACUACACAAACGCAAGAAGCCGCG